AAGACCGGAGCCAGUCAGCUAGUACUACUAGCUGGUAGCGAGACGUUAUUCGGAGCUCGCAUUGAACUGCUCCAAAGGGAUCCCAAAGCGCCCGCCUUUCUCGCGGUCCGAUGCGUUCAAAGAUCUCUGCGGAAAACAAAAGAAUGAGGAGGGCGGCAGGCCAGGCAUCAUCAUGCCGUGCCAGCAGCUGAGCCGAGCACUUGGGCACUUGGCCUGUGCAAAAUGCAAAGGAAUUGCUCUCAAAAUCCACACCCUUUGGUCGCCUCCAUCAUAAAAGGACCACACUCCCUCAGUGCCCAGGAGACACCCAAACGGCCAGACCAUUGCUAGAUAGAGUGAGCAGAGGAGCAGCCGUUGCUUCGAGGGAGAGCAGAGUGGCUUGGCUGCUUGAGAGGGAGCUGAGAGGCAUCAGGGAAGGGAGGACAUGGCUUCUUUGCCUGACCCGACGGUGUACUACCCCACCUCCUCGUCCAACGCCAUCCUGCGCGCGCACCCGUCCAGCGCCGCGGCGUCCAGGGGCUCGUUCGGCCCGGUCUUCGCCGUGCUCGCGGUGAUCUCCUUCCUGGCCGUGGCCGCCUGCGUCGUGGGCCGGCUCUGCGGCCGCCGGCUCUCCAGGAGGAAGGCCGCCGACCACGACCCCUACGGCUCCGACCUGGAGAAGGGCUUCGAGGCCAAGUACCCGGCGGCAAUGAAGCCCAUGGCGAGCUCCCGCGCCAUGAUCCACGACAUCGACGACGGCUUCGAGAUCAAGUUCGCGCCGGGGAAGCCCGCGGCGUGGACGAGCGACGGCAAGGCCGACAGCAAGGUGCGCCACCACCACCAGCAGCAGCAGCAGCAGCAUCAGGGUCACCAUCAGCCGCAGCUUGUUGGCAUGAUGCCCAGAGGCUACGCCGUGCCCAAGGAGUACGCGGGAUUCAGAUAUCCCGCGGACGCCGUGGUCCGGCAGGGGCAAAUAAGGGGCGGCGCAUUCAUCCCAGCAAAGCCACCUAGUACAUGAUCAUAUAGCAGUAGCUUUAGGUUCACAACUCGAUUGAUGGUAUCACCCAUAUGAUACGUACAAUCUCGAAUCAUCCAUGGGCCAACGACAGCGUCUUCAUCUUCACUCUAGUUUUGGGGCGCAGUGUGCAAAGCUUGUGCUACCUAGUUCCAGGCACUUCCAUAUCGCAUUUUGUACAUUAAACCCAUUAAGCAGUGAAGAAUAUCUCAUUCUCAAA